AAAGAGUUCACAUAUAAUUGCCGUUCUGUGAACUAGUUUAUGCUCAUUUUGCUACUGGCGAGUAUAAGCUGCAGGCGGUAGCUGAUCUUGCCACCACUGCUAUACUGUGCAUACAGUCUCUCUGUGUCACUGCAGCUGCUGAAGAACAUGAAGAAACAAUUCUGUGGCCUGUUGUACGACACUGGGUUUGUCCAUUCCCCGGACCCGGACCACGAGGAGGCCAACCACAACUCUGCCAACACCAAACUGAUCAAGGCUGUUCUGUGCGCCGGUCUCUACCCCAACGUGGCCAAGAUCGUCCAGACACGUCCCGACAGACCACCUAAACUGUUCGAUCAGGACACAAAGGUCAAGUUCCACCCAAAGUCAGUCAACUCGGACGAGACUACUUUCAACAACAAGUUUGUCAUCUACCACACCAAGGUCAAGAGCACGGCGGUGUUCCUUCAUGACACGAGUAUGAUCCCUCCCUUCCCCCUCCUCUUCUUCGGAGGAAACAUCUCUGUCGAGAGAGACGGAGACCAACAGAUCAUUGCUGUCGACAAGUGGAUCAAGUUCCAGGCUCCCCACCGUAUUGCCAUGCUAGUCAAGGAGAUGCGUCAGCAGUUGGAUGUGGUGUUGAGGCAGAAAGUGAGCAGUCCCCGCAUGGAUCUGUACACCCCUCUGUCCCCCAGUCCCUCUGCCUCCUCACAACUCAUCCAGAGCAUCAUCGAUCUAAUUGCCUCUGAAGAUUACCAGUGGCAGGCUCAAAGGCUAGCUGCUGGUAAACACUUAUAUAUUCGCAGAGGGAAGUGAUGAACUAAUGUAAGACUAUCAAUAUUUUCAACAUCAUUAUUCUGACACAGCCAUGUGUACUGUAAACAUUUUAAUCAUGUUGCAAACCUUAUGAUGUGU